AUGAUACAAUCUUCUACACAGUCCGUGUUGUACGUAAGUGAAGAGGAUCAUAGAGAAUACUGUUAUUUUUUGCUGUCUCUUUCCAUUUCUUCCCAUCCUUUUUUGCUACACUGCGCAGAGGUGCCGACCAUUCUCACUGGCGGAGCACAGACAGUAGUCGAAGGAAAGCUGGCUAGUAUCGAAUGCGCUGCCGAAGGUCAUCCUCCACCAGUUAUUAGCUGGUUAAGAAACGGUAUACGAGUAGAAAGCGGUAUACAAGGUGUUCGAUAUGAUACUGAAGAUAAGAUGCUUAUAAUUACCGAUGUGCAAAGCUCAGAUUCUGGUAUUUAUGUAUGUGAGGCUACAAACGAGGCAGGAAUAGCUAGGCAAGCAUACACACUCGAAGUUUUAGGCAGGAGUCGCGCUGUAAAGGAGCGAAGAGCAGAGAAAUCGGGAAAUGUCGUACAACACCAUGGUCAUACGUCGUACAGGGAAAAGGUGACAAUAGUUAUAGCGGAGUCCCUCGGGGGAUAUGCUACUACGGAUCCACCGAGAUAG